AACCAGCGGCAAGCGGAAAGCACACACACAGCCAGCAGGCCCUCAGCUUUGUGUCGAGAGAGUCUACAAACGUAUACGUUGUACGCUGGAGAAGGUUUCUCGGAGAAGUGAAGUGCCUACCUCUACUGCAUUACAACCAAGGGCUUUAUUCUCUGUGUGCUACAGGGGCACACAGAGGGAAAGCCGUCUCGUGCAGUUCUUUCAGGCGCAGCACAGCUACAGCAGUGUACAGCAGUAGCUGCAUGCCAUCAACGGGCUUGGGACAGCAGCAGCACCACCACCACUUCUGCGGCAACAACGUGAACGCAGUCGCCCUCGUCUCUUCCGGCUCCAUGAUGGCGAGUCUGAUGCGGCGGUCUCCCAUCCGCUGCCAAGCCCUGGCAGACACGGUGAUGGCGCAGAGAGGCUUGUCGAUGACGUCGAGGGAGCUCGCGGCGUCGCGGCAGUGCGGAGACAUACCGACGGAGACGCUGUCGCUGGACGAUGACUUCGUCGUAAUCAACAAGCCGGCAGAUGUGCGUAUGGAUGGGAACUUCGACGUAGCCGUGGACAAGCUCAUCAGAUACUGGUGCCCUACCCUGGAAGACAAGGAGCUCAAAUGGGUGCACCAGUUGGACUUCGCGACAUCAGGGGUGUUGUGCGUCGCGCUCCACCGAGAAGCGGCGGCACGUGGCUGCGAGGCGUUCCGAGAGCGCCGAGCGAAAAAGUCGUACCUGGCGGUGGUCCAGGGAGCCGUCGACCCGGAAUCCGUCCCCCGGCGGGAGGAGGAGCCGGACGGGUGGAGGGAGGGGAGGGAUGGCAACGGCGGCGGCGGCGGGGGCGGGGGCGGGCGGAAGCGAAGGCCGGACUCGGUGCAGCACACUCCGGCCCAUGGAUUCUUCCAGCGGAAAAAGGACCUUCUCCUGAGGGCCAUCGAGCUCGGCGAAACCUUGUCCCCGGAAGACCUGGCCUUCUCGAAGCUAAGCUGGGGGGACAUCAAGUUCGACAAGGCUGCCUCGCGGCCGUUCCACUCAGCCGCAAAGGCUGACAAGAUUCGUGCCGUUGCGGAAGCGGAGGCGGCGAGAUUCCAGGCGGCCCAGGGCGCACCGGACCGAGGAGUGUUCCGCGCGCCCGGUGAUGGCGAUGGGGAGCUUCGGGUUGAUGCGUCCGUUUCCGAGGUGCCGGGGGACUUCCGCAUGCGGUUGGACGAAGAGGCCGGGGGGAAGGGUAAGCCGUCGAGGACUUUCGUGAAGGUACUGGAGCACGGGUCGUACCGGGGACGAUUGGUGACGAAGGUCUUGAUGAGGCCGCACACCGGGCGGCGACACCAGCUUCGGCUUCACGCCUUGCACAUGGGGCACCCUAUUCUUGGCGACACCACCUACGGGGACGCCGACCACACCAUCCCCAGGAUGUGCCUGCACGCGCAGUCUUUGACGCUGCGGCUCGCUCCCCCUUCCGACGCCGCUUGUUCUGACACCGAGGCGCCGGCGAAACAAGAGAGUGGAGGAGGUGUUGCUGAGUCCGCGGCGGCGGCGGCGGCGGCUGCGGCGGUGUCGACGGAAGGAGCGAGUUCCCAGGGAGGGAUGGGUGGGGGUCGCGGCAAGCGGUACUGGGGCCGGCAGAAGGUGCAGCCGGCGAGAGUGACGGGCGGAAAGCAGGAGGUGAUCUUGGACGUUGUUGCGCCCGACCCGUUCGUGUUCGUCGACGGAGAGCUGCAGUUGUAGCACGCACAGCCGUUCUAGUUGGGGAUCGUCUGGGUGGUAAUAAGAGACACUUGGAGAGGCAAGGACGAGGGGAAGAUUUUUUUUUGUUAAAUAAACGUGUUUCAGCCGUUUAAUUUGGGAAUUUUUUAUUGUUGUGGUUAUGGGGAGAUUUGCCCAUGCUCUCGCUCGGAGUAUGUGGACAGCCGCACACCAAGAGAUCGCGGAUCGUUGGGCCGUAGCGCGCAGCAACGCUUUUCAGGACACCCUGGUUUGAUAACAAACGGCUGCUCGUUAAUUGUUGCGUCGGUGGUGCAACAGGGAUCGAUGACACAUACAUAGCAGACACAACAUCGUUCGGGGUGGAAGUACGCACAUGCAGUCGGUAAAUCUUUGUGAUCCCUCUUGACACAUCGAAAACUGCCUUGUAAGUGCGCGGGCUGCUCGUUCAAGAGGCGUGCCACCAGCCUGGGCUGAUUGGAAGACGAAAAAGGGUGAAGCGUACAUAUAUUUCUGCAUAUGUC